AUGUGUGAUUCCGUUUCGCAAAGACAUAUCCCAGUAACUACAACUAGUCAAGCAAUGUUUGAUAAUGACUUCCUUGCCUUGAAGCAACGGUUUAUUAACGAGAUGCAGAGGAUGGAUCAAGAGAUUACUAGAUUUAGCACAAAUCUCAUGAACCUCUACGAUUUAACUCCAUCGGAACACUGUAGCCUAAGGGCUGACUCUAUGUCUAUCAGAACGGACCCGGCCAGCCAAUGGGAAAUGAUUACCAACUCCCCUCUGGUAGAGGGUGAGGGUGAUAAUAAAAGUCUUAAAUUACAAUUCGAUCUCAGUCAAUUUGAGCCUACAGAGGUAAAGGUUUCCAUAAUGAAUGACAUCCUCUUAGUACAAGCAUCACAUGAAGAGAGAACGCCAGACUGCACUAUCUUUAGAGAAUACGCUAGGGAGGUGCAACUUCCAAAGGGUCUUGAUCCAGACGUCAUAGCCUCAUUUCUCUCACGAGACGGAGUCUUGACAGUGCAAGCGCCUCUACCAAUUCCCGUCAAAGUUAUUGGGGACCGAGCCUCAGUCACAAACAAGUAUAACAAUGGCAGCCAGGGAAGUUGUUCUUAA